AAUGUACAUUAAUAAUACAAUAUAAACUGCCUCAUUUUGGAAAAUCUAUAGAGAAUUACAAAGGGAUAUUUAACCUAUAUUAAAUAGUAUAUCUCCAUGUUAAAGGAAUAAAGCAAGGUCAUUUGAUCUUAUUUCAUAAAGUAUGUUAAUGGAAGAAAUUAAAAUCACACCCAUCAUGAAAUUAAGAAAAAUUAUUAAAUCUCCAAAUAUUCUAACAUAAUUCGGAAUUCCAUAUAAAAGAGUUUCUAAAGUUGAAAGAGCAGAUAUUUUACAAAUUCUAUCAUAAAGAAGUCUUGAUAUAAAUGAUUCAAAUAUUUAGCCAAAAGGUUAAAUUAGAAGGUUCACUUAUCAUGAAUUUUUAGGAUAAAAAUAGAAACGAUUAAAUCAUUUAGUACCUCAUACUUAAGUUUAUUAACAUUCUCAUGAAGCUGUGAUUGUAAAGAAAAAGAAAAUCAAUAGAUUGAAAAAUUAAUACAGUAUAAUAUGAUAAAAUUAGAAUUCUAAUAGAGAUCCAGACAACGCAAAAUAUUUGCAAAUAAAAAAAGUAAAAGUUGCCCACUUAAAAGAGAACCUAAAAUAAUACAUAAGAAAAAAAAAACCAUAGCAGAUUAAAUUUAUUAAGGACCAAUUCUUCCUAUUGAUUUUGAACUUUAAAGGAAAAUAGCUUUAUUAUGUUUUAAAAAAAGAAAUAAAUUAUUGGUUUUAAGAAAAAAAACAUAUAUCCAAGAUAAUAAAACAUUAUUUGUACCAAAAGAUAAAUUAUUAAAUUUUUAAGAAAAUCUUCAAAAGAAUUAUAUAUAGAAAGAAGAGCCUUUUGAAACUUCAGGUGAAUCUUCACCUUUACCCAACAAAAUAUUAUAGUUUUAACAAACUAUAAAUUUAAAAUCCAAAACUUCAAUUCCACAAAAACCAUCCUUAACUCCAAGAUACAAUAAUAAAAAUAAUAAUUUUAAUAAUGAAUAUUCAACUUUACAUAGAAAAACUUCGUUUAAUAUUAUCAAUAAAUAUCUUUAAGAAAAAUAGAUUAGAAAUAAAUUUUGUUUCUCUCCUUAAAACUAAUAAAUUCAAUCACCAACAUUAAAAGAAAUUAAUUUAUAUUUUUUAUCAUCUAAGAGAAAUACUUAAAAUACUUCAAAACAAUCAUAAUAUACAUAAUAGAGUUAAUUAAGAUCUUAAAUUUCCAUUCAUACUUCAAGAUCUAAUGGAAUAAAAGAUAUUGAUGAUUUACAAUAUAAUAAAUCAAACAAACAUUUUGAUUAUACAAAACUAUCUUAAAACACUUCAACCACUCAUAUAAAAACUUCAUCAUAAAAAAAAAAAGAAUUUAAAACCAAAUAAUCUUAUUUUUUAAAAUUAAAACCAUAUUAUUAGUGA